AAAGCAAAAGAACAGACAUACAACAGCCGGUGUUCGCCAGUGGUCACCCACCUGACUACUAAUCUGCCGGUUAGUGGGUUGUCUAUCGGGGAGCAGACGGGACCCAGAAUUCUCCACUACCUAUGGUCGUAUGUGAUUGAGUUUGGAAGCAAACCAGUUUAUCAGACA